GUUUGUGCCGCUUUCAAACCCGUGCUUCAUUUUCCCUCACAAAUACUCCACCUAUACAAAGUGGAGGUGUGCGCUAACCUCGUGCUUCUUUUGUCAUUGUCCCACUGAGAAAAUCCUGAUUACUGAUGAGUGUGUGCGUGUAUGCAUGUGUGUGGCUGUUUGUAGGUUAGUGAAAGAUUGCUGUGGCUGUAGAUAAGAGGAUUAGGGUGGAAUUAGUGUCAUUCCUCUAUCGCCGCGAGGAAUAGAUUCAUAUCGAUUUUAAUCAGGGAUAGAGAGAUCCACAAAACUGCAGAAACAAACAGACUGGGAGAGAGAGAGGGGGAGAGGGAGUGAAAGUGAGAGAGAGGAGAGCAGUGGAUGAUUUGGAGGGAAGGCAGAAGAUUCCUGGAGAUCAUCGAGCUGGGAUGUUCAGCUGGAAACUUGGGAGCUGCAGAGAUCUACGCUGCAGAGACACAUGACUACUUCAGGAACUUCCUCAUGUUUUUGGUUGGAAAUCUCACUGACGUCCUGGAGGUCUCUGGUUGAGGAAACGUCCAGCUGCUGUGGGAUGUUUGACCAGCGUUAGUCAGCAGGACUGGAGGAGAGAUGGUCGGGAUGUUAGAGCUGUGUCUGCUUUGGCAGGGAAACCUGUGAAGAAUGAAGGUGGACGUACUCACCUACCUGGCUCUGGCAGCAGUCAGCUUUGUCGCCAUGGUGACUGGUGGCCGCAGUUCAAGCCGCAGGAAACACAAGGAUGUCUUCCUCGGGGAGAACAGCAAGUUCAAGUUUGGAGGACGUAUUGACUACAAGCUGAAGAGGCAGGACAGCACCAAAACUUUACUAAUAAAAAGUGCGCCCAUCCCCGUAGGCAUUGAUGUGCAGGUGGAGAGCAUCGACAGCAUCUCAGAGGUCAACAUGGACUUCACCAUGACUCUGUACCUGCGUCACUACUGGAAGGACGAGAGGCUGGCGUUCCCGUCUAGAAACAACCAGAGCAGGACUUUUGACUCCCGGCUGGUGAAGAAGAUCUGGGUUCCUGACGUCUUCUUCGUCCACUCCAAACGUUCCUUCAUCCACGACACCACCAUGGAGAACAUCAUGCUGCGGGUUUACCCUGAUGGAAAAAUCCUCUACAGCGUCAGGGUCACUGUGACGGCUCUCUGCUCGAUGGACUUCAGCAGCUUCCCUUUGGACACACAGAACUGCUCGCUGGAGUUGGAGAGCUACGCGUAUAACGAGAAUGACCUGAUGCUUUACUGGAAGAAUGGCAACGACUCUCUGAGGACGGAUGAGAUCGUAUUGUCACAGUUCUUCAUUGAGCAUUUCCAAGCCUCCAGUGGCCUGGCUUUCUACAGCAGCACCGGCUGGUACAACCGUCUCUUCAUAACCUUCAUCCUGCGGAGGCACAUCUUCUUCUUCAUGCUGCAGACGUACUUCCCCACCAUGCUGAUGGUCGUCCUCUCCUGGGUCUCCUUCUGGAUCGAUAGACGGGCUGUUCCUGCAAGAGUGUCUCUGGGUAUAACCACAGUGCUCACCAUGUCCACCAUCAUCACAGGAGUGUCCGCCUCGAUGCCUCAGGUGUCGUACGUGAAAGCGGUGGACAUCUACCUGUGGACCAGCUUCCUGUUUGUCUUCCUGUCUGUGAUUGAAUAUGCAGCCGUGAACUACUGCACCACUCUGGAGGAGAUGAGGAAGAUGAAGAGGGGGAAGAUCCCGUCCACCUUCAACGCCAGUCAAGCAAUGGCCUUUGACGGGUGUUUCCACGACAACGAUAUUGAGCUGACUACAUUCCCCCGUCUGGCACCCACCUUGACCUCUGACCCUCUGACAUCGCCAACCCAAAGCUCAGACAUGCGCCCCACGGAGGGGACUCGGCUUCGCCGGCAGCGGUCUGUACGUGAAAACGUGGACCUGCUGGUCAACAACAGCUACAUGAUCGACUCAUACUCUAGACUGGCCUUCCCUCUGUCCUACCUGCUCUUCAACACCAUCUACUGGAGCAUGUACUCCUGAUCCAGCACCAAAUACUCUACAAAUUGAGUCUGAGUGCUGCAGAGGAGAUUCCUCAUCUCGACAGAGGUCCAAAGAGACUUCACUGGAAUGGCGCUCGGAUAGAGGGGCCUCAGCUACAUCCAGCUGAUGUUCUUUGCUGAAGAGCUGAGAUACAAACCCUCGAGGACCCUCAGCCUGAGUACGAACUCUGUAAUUGUGCAUUUAUCUCAUCAGAAGGGCUUCAAAUCCUGAGAGUCAGACUUUUUCUGUUUGGACGAUUUGUACAUGUGUCUUUUCUUUUUUGUGCGUCAUCGUAAAGGUCAUAUCAAUAUCUGCUAUUGAUAUAUGAUAUCUUUAUCGAUUUCUUUAGCUACAUGAUAUUAAAUUAGACAUAAACAGCGUGAAUAUGUGCUUCUUAAAAUAUCAGAACAUCUGCACAUAUUUGAAAACUGUGAUUGGAGCAAAGCAAACACUGUAAGUGUAAUUUGGUGUGUUUCUUGAUUAAUUUCUCUCUUGUUUGCAGUGUUGGAGUGUACGGGCAGAAAUAUUUAGCUGGAUUCAUUUUUAUUUGAGAAAAAAAUAUGGCUUAUUACAUAUUUGCAUUAACGAGAAAAUAUUGUUAGGUACAACAGGUGAUGGUUGGGUAAAACAAGCAGUAUAGUGUAAAGGGUUAAAAGUUGUAUUUUGUUAAUUUGUCCUAAACAAUAAAACAGAAGUUUUAUGUAAAGUUGUCAAAAGAUCGAUUUACGGGUUCUGCAAAAACUUGGUAUUAUGGUUGUACCUGAAAAAAAUACAUGAACUAUACUAAAAUUUUGAGUUUUAGUGUUUGAGCGUGCAGUACGUCUUCUUCCUUAAAGGCCACCUCAGCAAGUCAUCUGUCUCAUAUCAUCCUCCACUGUUGCACCAACCAUGUCCUUCACCACAUACAUGACUCUUCUCUGCAGUCUUCCUCUUGUCGUCCUGCCUCGCCGCUCCAUCCUCCACAUCCAAUUUACACAAGGCCACAAGCCAGUAUAUGCGUAGUGGAGAUUCCAAGCUGAUGAUAAUGGAAAGGCAUUUGUUGAUAUGAUAUUAUACUCUAUAGCUAUAUUAAUCUGGGGCAUCCAUAAACUGCCAGCCCAUUUUGAAAUCUGAAAAAUGUCUACAGCCCACCUAACCCCUCAAACUCUACUGUGACAUGAUCUGACCUCGUGUUCCACACCAUAACAUAUGCGUUGUACAAAAUGUUUGUGAAAUUAACAGUAAAAUUGUGUAAAAUCUUGACAUCAAAAAAGUGUAAAUAGAAAAACAACAAAGAAAAU